AUGUUUCUUUUUCUUCGGCUCCCCUCCUGUUCUAUUAUCCGCUACCCUCUUCAUUGUUGUCCCUUGUCUGUUAAACACACCAGUCAUAAAAACCACACAUCAAGCAAGACAUUCAACAACGCCCAAACACUUUUUACUCGUUUAUCUUUUCUAGUAUUUGAUUUGAUUUGCUUUCUCCAAUCUCUCUCUCUCCUUCCACGGGCAUUUCUUCUUCUUCUUCUUCUUCUUCUUCUUGGUUGUUGUUGUUGUUAUUCUUCUUCUUCUCCUCCUCUCCCUUGUUGUUGUUGUUGUUCUUCUUCUUCUUCUUCUUCUUCUUCUUAUUAUUAUUAUUAUUAUUAUUAUUAUUCUUCUUCUUCUUCUUCUUCUUCUUCUUCUUCUUCUUCUUCUUCUUCUUCUUUCACUCUUUCUUCAAUCUUCUUCCUCUAUUCCUACACUUUUUAUUUUCCUCAUCCUCCUUUCUUCUUCUUCUUCUUCUUCUUCUUCUUCUUCUUCUUCUUCUUCAAUCUUCUUCCUCUAUUCCUACACUUUUUAUUCUCCUCAUCCUCCUUUCUUCUUCUUCUUCUUCUUCUUCUUCUUCUUCCACUCUUUCUUCAAUCUUCUUCCUCUAUUCCUACACUUUUUAUUUUCCUCAUCCUCCUUUCUUCUUCUUCUUCUUCACCCCUUCUCCUUCUUCUUCUCGUGCUCAUCAGUAAAUGA